CAUAUACGGCACGGCAACGUCGCAAUCAGGUGCAGUAGGCAAUUACUUUUGUGAUGUUCCUGCCGAGUUUUUAAAUAUCUUUGAUCCUUUUAUUAAAAUUUCGUCUUAUUUUUUCUUACUAUUAAAACAAUGAUGAGGUACCAUUUAGCUUACACAUUGGGGUACCUAUCUACCGCCGCCCUGGUAAUCCUACCCCUUUAUUAUCUUUUAACCGGAAAAGGGGAGCAAAUAAGUAUAGGAUGGUUCUUCGAAAAUGUCUCUCCUUAUAUGUGGGCUUCAAUGGGAAUUGGGUUAGCGGUGGCCCUUUCUGUGGUAGGAGCUGCUAUGGGCAUUUAUACCACUGGAGCUAGUAUUGUAGGAGCAGGUGUAAAGGCGCCUAGAAUCAAAACCAAGAAUUUGAUUUCUAUUAUCUUUUGUGAGGCUGUGGCUAUUUAUGGGCUGAUUACUGCUAUUGUGUUGUCCAGCAAUUUCCAGAGAUUUGAUAUAGAAUCAAACAUAUCCGAUCAAGUCAGAAUGAAGAACUUUGUGGGGUCUCAUGUAAUAUUUGGCGCAGGAAUCAUUGUUGGUCUGGUUAACCUGUUCUGCGGUCUCUGUGUUGGCGUUGUAGGUUCAGGAGCUGCCAUCGCCGACGCCGCUAACAAGUCGCUGUUCGUCAAAAUUUUGAUCAUUGAAAUUUUCGGUAGCGCCAUUGGUUUGUUUGGACUUAUCGUCGGAGUUUUCUUGACAUCUAAAGGUAGUAUGGGUCCCUCCGCUUAAUAAGCAGCCAGUAUUAAAAUGUUACUUCUGUUGACAUCAAUAUGAUGAAGUAUAGAAUUUGUAAAUUCCUGAUCACCACUAAUUAGCAAAAUUAUAGAUCCAUCAUUAAAAUUUGUCAUAACACAUUCCAUUUAUUGAACGAUUCAUAUCUUAAGUAGUGUUAUAUACGAAAUUAUAUUAUGUUUUAAGAAAUAAAUGGUAUUAUAGGAAGUACCCAUGUAAAAAUAACUAUAUCUAGAAUCAUUUGUUUGUAACAUUAUAUUAUGUAUAAUAGUUUUAUCAUUGUUCUGAUUAAAAAUUACAUUGAAAAAAGUCUCUAAAUUUGUAAAUAGGUAUUCAGCAAAUCAUGGCCAAAUUUAAUUUUUUUUUUAUUGUAAUUUAAAGAAUAUGAAUAUAAGUUAGUUUUCCCAAUA